AUGAUCCUCAAUCCCGUCCUCUCGAUGAAGAUCUGUUCUCGGAUCUCACUCUCCAACCCCCAUCCCAGCCCCAACCCCUCGAACCAGGCCCUAGCCCUAGCCCUAUCAACUCUCACCAUCCCCCUUGCCGCCAAAUCUCCCGGAAGAAGAAGCGCGCCGUCCGAAUUGGCUACGCUCGUGAUUCCAUUCCUCUCGAGGAUUCCUCUCCCCUCCCAGUUCCGGUCCCAAUCAAACCCCGAGAUGACCAAUUGCCCAAAGAAGAGAUCUUGCCGGAGGUUCCCCGGGAUCAAGUCCACGAGACCACCGGAACCGAAGAGCCCCAGUUGGCCAAGGGUGAGAUCUUGCCCGGAGUUAUCGAAGAUCAGGUCACUGGAACUGCUGCAAUGGUCGAAGAGGAACAGAACAAGGAAGAGGCCGUUGGUCCCGUUGAGGACAAGUUGGAGCUUGUCAGGGCUCGAAUCUCGUCAAAGCUUGACAAGAUUCGAGGGACCGCAGCGCUGGUUUCAGUGCAGAGGAAGGAACUCGGGAGGAGGCGGAAAAAGGCAAUGGAGAAUGUGAUACUGGCGUCAGACAGAUACAAGGAACUCGAAAGGCAGCUGGAGGAAGCUUGUGAAGCUGAGGAUUUCGAGAGAGCAGAGAGGGUGAGUGAGAGCCUCGCGGAGAAGGAGAAGGAGAAGGACCGGUUAUUGGGUGAACUGAGAGAUGUGGAGUUGGAUUGUGAUGCUGUGGAUUCGAAGAUGCAGGACGUUCUUGAAUCACAGAUUGCUGCAGAGGAGGAAGGAGCUGCACUGCUUGAACAGUUUGCUAAGGAUGCAACUGAUCAUGCAGAUUUAGUUCUUAGAAGAGCAGAAGAAAUAUCUUCAAAACAAAUAGGAGAAUGGGAAUCCUCAAUGCAGCUUUUGGAGAUUAACAAGAUGGAAAUGGGCAUUGAAUCACAACUUGUGUCCGAAGCACGUUCAGGAUUGGAAAAUUCCAUCGAACACUUGGUUGAAGAUGACAGGAAAGAAGUAGAAUUAUUGAGAACAAAACAGGGUAUUUUUUCAGAGGAGUUGGAUCAGCUAUUGGCAUUGGUAAGAUUGAAAGAAGCAGAGAUUGCUGAAAAUGAUUCUCAAAUCCAAAAGGUUGAGAAGAAAAUUUCUGAUGUCAUCUCUGAUUUCCAUGAGACACAAGAAAAUAUUAAAAUGAAGCAUGAGAACCUUCAGCUGUCUCUCUCAAAGCUAGAGUCUGAACAUGAGGCCUUAUCUACUAAAAAGAAGGAAAUUGAUGAAUUCAUUUUGCAAGCACAACAGAAGAGUUCAAGCCUUCAGGAACUUGCCAGUGUUUCUUUGGAUGAAGUCAGAACCUGUCAAAAUUGGGUUGGGUUGAGAAAGAGUUUGGCAUCCUCAAUUCUGAAAUCCAGAGAGGAUAAAGUCAAAUUCGCAAAGAUUGAAGAGAGGAUUUUGGAAGAAAUUCAGAUACUUCGUCAACAGAUUUCUUCUGCCAGAACUACUCUUCAGGAGCUAUCGUCAAACAGAGUGAGUAUCCAGCAAGAAAUUGCAUCAUAUAACCAAAGAAUAGGCUUCAUCGAGAAAAGGGGGCCUGAGCUGGAGGCUGAAAAGAAAAUUGCUGCUGCUGCAAGAAAUUUCAAGGAAGCAGGGCGGAUAGCUGCUGAGGCUAAGGCACUGAACAUGGAGAAGGAAAGCUUGGAAACUAAAAUAGAGAAAUCUGUUUUAGACCUAAAGAAGUUAGAGGGAGAUAUCAAAGACACAGUUGACAAAAUACAGGAGGAUGAAGGCCUGAUCUUACUUAAAGAAAAAGAGGCGGCUAUGGCAGGUUGCAAGAGGCUUCGGCUAGUUGCUGCUUCUGCAAGGGCAGAGAGAUCAGCAGCUCUCGAAAUGGGUGAUGAAGAAGAAGGGGACAGUCUACUGAAAGAGGCUGAAGCUGCUGAUUCCAAAGCAAGGGAACUUCAAGAAACCUAUGAUCUUGAGCCUGAGGAUAUUGGGAAUGCCUUGGAGCACUCUGUUUCCAUAUCAUUGAUAACCAAUCUCGCAGGAGAACAAUUAGCCAAGAUGGCUUCUUCACUCAAUCUUUCUACAAAUGUUGAGUCAUAACUUUAGUCGGUAUAUGUACAUGAGUGGUGAUGCCCCUUGAAAAUUUUGCAGAAUAAUUGUUUUUUUUUUCUGUGCCUCUUGGCGGCUGACUGUUCUUUGAAAUCUUCUGUUUUUUAUUUAUGUUUGAACAAAGUAAUUUGAUUUCUUUUGCCAGCAUGAUUCGAAAUUGGUAUGUAUGUAACAUUUGUUCAAUUUCAAUAAAAUUUUGUGCAAUAUUGUAAUAGAGA